AUGGCGUCCGUUCAGAGCCAGCUCUCUGCGAUUGCUUCGAUUCACUCCUGUUGUUCGUCGUCGUCUCCAUCGUCCUCGUCCUUCUCUUCAACCACCACCACCACCACUUCACUGGUCCCCGUCGGAAAGUGGCCGCAGUAUGGACGGAGAAUCUCCGGCGAACGGAAACUUCGACUCCGGCGAUCCCUGUGCCGAGCAAUGGUUCAGCAGGCCGUUCCCGGAGCUCCUGCCGCGUAUGCUAAGGAAAUGGAGAGGCUUUCAGCUAAAGAAUCUCUGCUUCUUGCCUUUAAGGAUGCUGGGGGUUUUGAGGCUUUGGUCACUGGAAAGACAACAGACAUGGAGCGGAUUGAUGUGAAUGAGAGGAUAACUAGUUUGGAGCGGGUCAAUCCAACACCACGUCCUACAACGUCGCCUUUUUUGGAAGGUCGAUGGAAUUUCGAGUGGUUUGGAUCUGCAAGCCCAGGUCUAUUUGCCGCUAGAUUUAUAUUUCAGAGGUUUCCUUCAACUUUGGCUAGUCUGUCAAAAAUGGAGGUGGUCAUCAAGGAUGGGAAUGCAGAGAUUACAGCAAACUUGAAACUGUUGAACUCGAUAGAAAGCAAAUUUACUCUGUCAACCAAGUUAUCUGUGGAGGGACCAGUUCGAAUGAAAGAGGAAUAUGUUGAGGGAAUUCUCGAGACACCAACAGUUAUUGAAGAGACAAUACCAGAACAGCUAAAAGGUGCAUUUGGUCAGGCAGUGAGCACAGUGCAACAACUUCCUUUUCCUAUUAGGGAUGCCUUUUCCAGUGGGCUGAAAGUUCCUUUAACUGGAGCUUUUGUGAGGCUCUUCAUGAUUUCGUAUCUAGAUACAGAGAUACUUAUAUUAAGGGAUGCAGCUGGAGUUCCUGAAGUACUUACAAGGUUGGAUACAGCUUCAUCUCCCCUGGAAGAAACCGUCAUGGAGUAUGAGAGCUAA